AUGUAAACCUAGUAGUUUUAUAUUGGUGUACAACUUUGCAUAGAUUGCAUGUUUAUGUACAAAACCAUCUGACAUCAAAUAUAAAAGUGUGGUGCCUCGGGCUCUCCCGCGGCGCGGCGCCCUCCUUCUACCGACCCCUCCGAUCUCGGACUCUCCACACACCGCAGCCCCUCGGCCCCAGGGCCGGCGUCGGAUGUCAGAGCCCGUGGCUAAGUGAUUAAUAAACACAUUGAAAGAAUAUGGCUGCACAGAUACCAGAAUCCGACCAGAUAAAACAGUUUAAGGAGUUCCUGGGAACCUACAAUAAACUUACAGAGACCUGCUUUUUGGACUGUGUUAAAGACUUCACAACAAGAGAGGUGAAGCCUGAAGAGAAUGAAGCCCUGGCGGCCAAGGCAGGACUCCUGGGCCAGCCCCGGUAGAAGCGCGGAGACACAGACUUGCCCUGGGAUUGCCGCAGCUGCUGCGCUGGCCAUGCAGGUUCACCGGGAAGAACCCUGCAGCAGCCCAGAGGAGUGGAGGGAAGCCAGCUGUCUAACUGCCUGACCAAUGGGAACCCCUGGACAAACAAAUCACCCUUCACCAGAAAGAAGCGGAACAAAAGGCCGUCCGGUGGUGAGAGUCAUAAGAGGCAACAUUGUUGAGGCCUUAAGAUUCAGCUGCGUGGUCACCUUGAUUACAAAAAUAAACCAUUGUUCCUUUC